AUGCUCGUCUCUAUCGAUUUCAACAACUUCCACUUCCAGUCGAACGAAAACCUCGGUGCAAUAGAGAUCGGGACUUUCCUCGGCCUUAUCUUAUUUGGGAUCCUCCUCGGCCAGGCGUACUCGUACUUCGGGCGGAGCAGGAAAGACAGAUUUGCUCUGAGGCUUCUGGUUUCGAUUCUAGUGCUUCUGGAGUUGGUUCAUACACUUUUGCUCGCCGCAUCCAUCUACUACGACACGGUAACAACCUGGGAAGCGCCGAGGACGAAUACAUACACUCUUUCCACGGCGACAUUCUUCGAAAAUCUUAUCACCAUCAUCGUCCAGUUAUGUUUCGCGCACAGGAUACACCGUCUCUCCGACAAGGGUAGACCGUCUAUGAUCGCACUCAUCUGUGUCGUCCUGGCCGUGCUUCGCUUCGUCGGAGCAUUCGCGGUCGGCGUAGAAGGAAUGCUCGACGUCGCACACGAUGGGGGCACGGGUGUCUUCGUAGUUCGCGUCAGCUGGCUGAUAACUUCGACCCUGUCUGUUGGGGCAGCUGCGGAUGUCCUGAUAGCUGCCUCGAUGAUCUACUACCUUCGUCGGCUAUCUUCUCCGACCCAUCUACGCAGGACGACAGAUAUUCUCAACCGUCUGACAAGGUGGACUGUUCAAACUGGGCUCUUGACGAGCCUCGCUCAUGUAGCCGCUAUCUUAUGCUUUCAAACGAUAGGAAACCUCGUCUGGCUCGCCAUCUACAUUGUUCUUGCCAAGUUGUACUCAAAUUCUUUACUCAUGAUAUUAAACGCGAGGCCCGGAACCGGGCCUCUAACCCUCAACGAAACAACAAGCAUCGAAUUUGGAGGGACAACUUCUGGAACGAGGACAGUGACGACCCUCCAACUAUCACACCUCCACCACGAUACUUCGGAAAUUCAAGUGGAUGUCACUGUCGAUAAAGCAUAG